GGAACAAGUACUGAACGGGUUCGCAGAUCACUGCUAUGGAGACUUCCUGCAGUAUUAUUGCGCUUUUUGACGGGGUAUGUUUGCCAUGCGAGCGGUUCUUCGUGGUGUGCUUUUGUGCUUCGUUGCCCAGCUUCUUGCAAUCUCAAUUGAAUCGUUCACUGGCUCUCGAACUCCUCGAAGCGGUUUGAAUCUGCGCCCCACCUCUGUGGACGUCCGUUUGCACGCCACCCUCUCUGAUGCGCUUGGAGGAGCGAAGCUUCCAAAGUAUAUCGAGAUUUCGCAAGAGGCGCUGCUUGCUGCAGCAAUUGUGCAGGGGAAGAAGGAAGAGGUGAAGCCGCUCCUGGAGACAGGAGCUCCCCUAGAAGCGAUCACCAUCCAGGGGCGGACUGCUUUGGCCUGCGCGGCGGUGAUCAAUGACCCAGAGAGUGCACGCCUUUUGCUGGAAAGUGGCGCACAAUUGGAGGCCUUGGACGACACUGGAAGGACACCGUUGUCUUUGGCUGCGGCCUAUGGUCAUUUGGAGGUUGUUCAGCUGUGUAUAGACUCUGGGGCCUGCCUGGAAGCACGAGACAAUGGACAGCUGACUCCACUGCUGUGGGCUGCUGUCAAUGGGAACGAAGAUGUGGUUCGCUGCCUUGUGGCCAACGGAGCUGACACUCAAGCAAAAGAUGAGGAUGGAAUGAGGCCAAGUCCGCAUGUAGUGCCGCUGGAUAAUGUUUUGGCUUUUGUGAUUCCAGCGCUCAGAUGACGAGGAUGUCUCAUACUAUGAGCCUUCGACUUUGAUGAAGAAGGGUCUUAAGUCUCUUGCAUGUCCUUCGCUCCUGAUUGUUUCAACCUGCCGCCUUCUUGCUGGGUUUAUCUCAGGACUGCACUCAAGUUGGCGACCGUCUUCAAGCGCACGGAAAUCCAAAAGAUUCUAGCGGAGCAGGCCAACUUUCCUGACAAGAAGGUGGCUUAAAGUUUGAAGUGACUCAAGCCGUUUGUCAUGACGGUCGUGGAAGCCAUUGCGUCUCACUAAGAGUUCCAAUCUGAUGGUUCGACUGUGUAAAUAUUCAUCUUCCAAAAGGUCGACCGCUCGCUUCCAGCAACUAAUUGAGCAGCGAAGACUGCUGGCUAUAUGUAUUGAUUUAUGUAUACCUAAGUAGCAACUUGGGAGCUACGCGAUGGGGAACGAUUCUGAAGGUGAAUUCAGAAUCUUUGGUUGGCGCCCGGAAAAUGGCAAA